AUGCCAAAAAUCUUGCCAUAUGUGAACCUCGCACAAAGAUUGUGCAAAAAGUUCAAGAAAAUCGAAUUCAAGCAUACGCCAAGGGCUCAAAAUGAAGUCGUUGAUGCUCUUACUACUAUAGCAUCCAUGAUACAGUAUCCUGAAAGCAGCCACAUCGAUCCGCUUGAGAUAAGUUUGAAGGGAGAACAUACGUACAGUUCUCCUGUGGAGGCAGAACCCGAUGGCAAGCCAUGGUACGCCGACAUAAAGACAUAUUUGGAGAAAGGAAAGUAUCUCGAAAAUACCACGAGCAAUCAGAGGAAAACCAUCCGGAGAAUGGCUAACGUGUUCUUCCUAAAUAAGGAAAUACACUACAAGAGAACGCCAGAUCUCGGAUUACUCAGAUGCGUGGAUGCACCGAGGCCACGAAAUUACUGGAAGGAGAGCAUGCUGGGACUUGUGAGCCUCACAUGA